GUACUUGAUUUAUUUACAAAUAAUUGCGGGUAUAAUUUAAACAAAUUAUUUGUGCGACUACACGCCUCAACUCGUUGCUGAUUCGCCGUUAUGGGUUCGAUGUGGAUAAUAUUUUCGAUAAUCGGGCUGAUCGUGUUAUGUCUGUUGGUGUUGCUGAUUAUGGCAGCGCGUUAUCAGCGUGACUAUUGGCGCUACCUCGAAAUACCGCAUGAACCACCAAAAAAAUUGUGGCACAUUACCAAACAGCUAGUCACACAGUCGCUGAGUACGGAGCAAAUGAAGGCCGCACACUACUCGGCGCUCUAUACGAAGUUCAAGGGUCAGGGCCCCUUUUGCGGGUUCUAUGCGCUGCUCCAGCCGCGUGCACUAGUGCUGGAAAGCGAACUGAUUCGUCAGAUAUUGAUCAAAGACUUUGCCAAUUUCAACGAUCGAGGCAUGUAUGUGAAUCAGAAAACGGACCCACUGUCCAGCGAUUUGUACGGUAGGCGCGGAGGUCUGUGGCAGGAAAUGCGUCGCAAGCUGGAUCCCAUCUUCGAAAGCGAGCGCAUGGAGUGGCUGUAUCUGAGCAUCUAUGAGGAGGCCAAGCAAUUGCUUUUGGCCGUUAGCACGACACUCAUGCAGCAGUCGCACUCAACUCUACACAUCCAGAAAAUGACGCGCCGCUAUGUGCUCUCCUCGCUGGCCAGCAGCGUCUUUGGCCUGGAUAUGGGACAGCGGAUCAAGUACUCCCUGGAGGAGUUUGAGCAAAUGACCGAGCUCGUCUUGAGCACGCGUAAGCAUGGAUACUUUAUGAAUUUGCUGAUGGUGCGCUUUCCCAACUUCUGCCGAUGGCUGCGCAUGCGCACAACUCCUAAAGAGGCGGAGAUCUACUUUGUGCAGCUGCUCCAUGAUAUGGAGGCGCAGCGUGAAGCGUCAGGUGUGCGCAAAAAGGAUUUCCUGCAGCUUUUAUUGGACAUCAAGGAGCUCGAACUAACCACACACGAGUCCGAGUCCGAGUCAGACAAGGAACUAAAAGCGCAUUUGCAGCACGAGCUGGUGGCGCAUGCGUUCGGAUUUCUGAGAGCCGGCUUCGAACAAACAUCCAACACCUUGUGCUACGUCCUUUACGAGCUGGCCAUCAAUGCGGAUGUGCAGCGAAAGGUGCGUGAGGAGCUGAAUCUGUCAUUAGAACGGCAUCACAAUAACCUCAGCUAUGAGUUCAUACAGUCCCUGAAUUACAUGGGCCAAGUCAUAUCCGAAACGCUGCGAAUGCAUCCCAUAACACCAUACAUUGUGCGCCGCACCCUAAACGACUAUGUCGUGCCCGACCAUCCAAAGUUUAUUCUGGUGAAGGAACUGUUUGUUAUAAUACCCACGCAUGCCAUACACAACGAUCCAGAGCUCUACUUAAGUCCCCACCAAUUCAAUCCCGAUCGCUGGGGUGGACCCAGAGAUUCGCUUCGUGAGCAGAGCACUUGGUUCGGAUUCGGCGUGGGCGCCCGCAGCUGCAUCGGAGUGCAGCUGGCUCAGCUCCAACUACGCCUGGCUCUGGCCCUCCUACUCCUAGAGUACGAAUUUACGCUGAACUCAAAGAGACCGCUUAUCAGUUGUCAGGAUGGCAUUGCCUUAAAGUUGACGCCCCUCGGCGUCGUCGAGCCCGGCACUGAAGAGCGCGCCGUGUGA